AUGGAGAAGAUCAACAAGAGCGACUCCUCCGUGGAUAUGGAAAUUUCCCAGACUGAAAAGGCGAAAGUCGAAGUCUCCCCCACGAUUCAAACCUCGAUAGACGAUAGCCCCCAUUUCGAUGCGCAGAGGACCAAGAAGCUCUUGCGCAAGUUGGACUGGCAUCUUGUUCCAUUCCUAUCACUUCUCUAUCUUCUUUCAUUCCUGGACCGUACCAACAUCGGAAAUGCCAAACUGUUUGGUCUUGAAGAGGACUUGGGCAUGCCAAAGACAGGCUCGGGCCCCGUCCAAUACAACCAUGCCCUUGCUAUCUUCUUUCCAUUCUACGUGGCGGCGGAAAUCCCGUCCAAUAUGAUGAUGAAGCGCCUGCGGCCAAGUGUUUGGCUCACAAUCAUUAUGCUUGCCUGGGCUGUUUGCACUAUCUGUUUGGGUUUCGUCAAGAACUUUGCAGGGCUGAUGACUACCCGAGCCUUCCUCGGCUUGGCUGAAGGAGGGCUGUUUCCCGGUGUCACAUAUUACAUCACCAUGUGGUAUGCUCGCCACGAAUGUGGUCUCCGUAUGGCCAUGUUCUUCUCGGCUGCAACAGCUGCAGGUGCUUUCGGUGGACUCCUCGCAUUUGCUAUUGGUAAAAUGGACGGCGUUGCUGGCCGCGGUGGCUGGUCCUGGAUCUUUAUUCUCGAAGGCGGCGCUACCCUCGUGGUCGGAUUGGUUGCGUACUGGUGCAUCUACGACUAUCCUCGCACAGCCCAGUUCUUGAGCGAUGAAGAGCGUACAGAGGUUGAACGUCGUCUCAAAGCUGACCGUAGCUCUCUGGCCGACGAGUUCAAUCUCAAAUUUGCAAAGGACGCCCUCACAGAUUGGAAGAUCUACGCACACAUGCUCAUCACCAUCGGCAUCUACACGCCUCUCUACUCCGUUUCCCUCUUCCUCCCCACCAUCGUCAAGAAUAUGGGAUACACCAACGAGACUUCCCAGCUCAUGACCGUCCCUCCAUACGCCGUCGCGUGUGUGUUCACCAUCGGCACUGGAUACCUUGCCGACAGGCUGAAGCAGCGAGGAAUCUUCAUGCUCAUCCACGAGUUCGCCGCGAUCAUCGGUUUCGUCAUGCUGGCUUCUUCCCAGAAGCCCGGCGUCCAAUACACCGGUACCUUUUUCGCAGCGUCUGGCAUCUACCCUCUGAUCCCUAUGGGAGUCGCCUGGAACGGUAACAACAUUGGCGGGUCGCUCAAGCGAGGUGUCGGUAUCGCCAUGCACGUCGGGUGCGGUAAUCUGGGUGGUGUCAUUGCCGCCUACUCCUUCCUGCCCGAAGACUCUCCCAAGUUCACCUCAGGACACGUGACGCUCGCCGGCCUCGUCACCAUGUCUUUUGUCCUGACCUUGUUCAUGACCACCUACCUCCGUCGCGAGAACCAGCGCCGCGACCAGUGGGCCAUUGAGAACAACCGGCUCCCGGAGAACUACACCGAGCAGGAGAAGGAUGCCGAGCGUGAGAGGGGCGACAAUGCGACGUUCUACCGCUAUACCGUCUAG